UUGCCUCAGCUUAGCUGUCCUAGGCCAUUUUACCUCAAGCGUGGUAUCAGGGUCCCUGCAGAGUGUUGAGGUGUGGCAGGUGCUUGAUUGAACAAGAAUGUCGCCAGUCUGAGGCUAAAUGAGGUCUGUUGGAAAGUGAGACCUGACUUGGGAUGUGGCUCUGUAGGCAGGAGCCAGCCUUUUUUGUGUCCAUGUGCAGACUUGAGUGUAUUCUGUCUCCUGUGCUAGGGUGGACACCUGUCACCAGAGCUGAACUCCAAUGUCCAGCAAUGGAUGACGACAGCCUGGACGAGCUUGUAGACCGAAACCUGGGGCCUGCCGGACACCCAAGCCUCAGUCCUGCUGACCUGGCCGGUGACGCUGAAGGAAGCAGUGAUGAGCGCAGCGGGGGCUCCGAGGACGACACCGGCGGUGGGCCCAGCGACGAGAGUGACGACGACGACGACGACGAGGACGACGACGAGGGGGACCCGGAGGACAGCUCUGGUUCUGAGGAUUCUGAAGCCGACGGCGACGACAUGGACACAUUAGUGGCGGCAGCGGAUACUCAGGGGAAGCCGGAAGCCGGCGGCGCGUUCAGUUCUGAUGAUGAUGCUGAGAGCUGCCCGAUUUGCCUCAAUGCCUUCAGGGACCAGGCCGUGGGGACCCCCGAGAACUGCGCCCACUACUUCUGCCUCGACUGCAUCCUGGAGUGGUCCAAGAAUGCCAAUUCCUGCCCAGUGGAUCGGACUGUGUUUAAAUGCAUCUGUAUCCGCGCUCAGCUUGGCGGGAAAAUCCUGAGGAAGAUCCCUGUGGAGAACCCCAGGCUGGGGGAGCACGAGGAGGAGGACCCCACCUUCUGCGAGGUGUGCGGCCGGAGCGACCGGGAGGACCGCCUGCUCCUCUGCGACGGCUGCGAUGCUGGGUACCACAUGGAGUGUUUGGAGCCGCCUCUCCAGGAGGUGCCGGUGGACGAGUGGUUCUGUCCUGAAUGCGCUGCCUCGGGGGCUGCGUCUGCCGCCGCCGACGCGGGUCCCGUGAGUGAGGAGGAGGUCUCCCUGCUCUUGGCCGACGUGGUGCCCACCACCAGCCGGCUUCGGCCCCACGCAGGGAGGACCCGGGCCAUUGCCAGGACGCGGCAGAGCGAGAGAGUCCGCGCCACCGUGAACCGGAACCGGAUCUCCACAGCCAGGAGGGUCCAGCAUGUCCCCACGUACCUCAUGUCCUCUCUGCUGGACGAGACGAUCGAAGCCGUGGCCGCCGGGCUGAGCACUGCCGUGUACCAGCGCCCCGGGACGCCGCGAGCCCCUGCCCGCCGGAGGAGGAGGACAGGAAGGCGGAAGAAGGUGCCGGGAAGAAAGAAGAGCCAGUCCAGACCGUCGGCGAAGGGCAAGAGCUGCGGGGCGAGGCUGAGGAGGCGGCAGAGCCGUGCCAAGAGGAGGAAGGGGCAGAAGGCCAAGAAUGAAGCCACAGCUCGGGCCCGCAUCGCGCGGAGACUCUACCUCCAGAGGCCAGCCCAUGGAGCCUGCGUCCCCUCGGUGUGCAAGCCCGCAGACCCCUCUCUGGGGCUGAUGCGUGCAGAAAUCGGGGCGGCCUCCCUCUCCCUGUUUGGAGACCCCUAUGAGCUGGACCCCUUUGACAGUAGUGAAGAGGUGUCUGCAAGCCCUGCCUCCCCUCUGAGCGCCAAGAGGAGGAUUCUGUCCCGGUCGGCCCUGCAGUCCCACCAGCCCGUGGCCCGGCCAGUCUCCAUGGGGCUCUCCAGGAGGAGCGCUCCUGCCACAGCCGCCCAGCCGGAGGUGGACUCGGACCCCGUCCCUGACCUCCUGGGGAGCAUCCUGUCCGGCCAGAGCCUCCUGAUGAUGAGCAGUGCCGACAUCGUCAUCCACCGCGACGGCUCCCUGAGUGCCAAGAGGGCAGCACCGGUUUCUUCUCAGCGCAGCGCGGUUGGUCCGUCCCGAGGGGGGGCAGGCGCUGGGUCUGGGGCUGGCCUGCAGCCCAGAGGGACUCAGUCGGAAGAUAGGCCGCAGAGCUUGGGGGCCACUGGUCCAGGCAGAGCUGCCCUGGGCGCAGCCCCAGCCCCACCCACCCCCACUUGUGUCCCGGCGCUCACAUCGGGGGCAGCCGUGAAACUGGACUCCUCAGUGACCCCUCGGUCGGGCCAGGCUCAGACCUUGUCCAGCGCGAGCAGACCCGGCCAGAGGCAGGAUGAUGGCCCUCGAAUGAACGGCGAGGUCAGGCACGUCCCGCCUCUGAGGUCCACGGCCUCCAAGGGCUCCAGCAGUAGCUCUGACUCGCCUUCUGGGAGCUCGGCGCCGGGACCGGCCCAGAGGCCAGCUCCCAGGAGGGCUGACAUCUCGGAGCUGCCCCGGAUCCCGAAGAGCAGAAGAGACGACAGCCGCGGUGGCCGAGCGGCCGAGGCCCCCGCCGGCGGGCAGCACAUCGAGAUCCCCAGCUCCUGCAUCAGCCGCCUGACGGGCAGGGAGGGCCCAGGGCGGCCUGGCUGUGGCGCCCGGGUGGAGGGCGAGCCCAGCAGCCGGGCCGCCCGGGAGCCCGGCGCGGCCUCAGGGGCCGCCCCCCAGCCCCCCGCCCCGCUGGGGCCCUCGAGGGGGAAGGGCGUGGGCUCCACCUUCGAGAGCUUCAGGAUCAAUAUUCCCGGGAACACGGCCCAUUCCAGCCGAGUCCUCAGCCCCGGCUUCUGUAACACCUUCCGGCCUGUGGACAGCAAGGCCCAGAGGAGAGACAGCCCCGCGCCCCUCUUCUCCGUCAGGAAGACGAAGCAGCUCAAGAGCGAGAUCUACGACCCCUUCAACCCCACGGGCUCCGACUCCAGCUCCGCCAGCAGCAGCCCCGAGCAUCUGGGCUCCGGCCUCCUGCCCUCUGAGAUCACCCGGACAAUCUCUGUGGACAGCCCCAAGGCGCCAGCGCUGCCCCCCGUGCGCUGCGUCACGUCCUACACGGUGCAGACCGGCUUUGGGAAGGAGCCCCAGCCACCCCUGGGGCCCCCCGGUGUGCCAGAGCUCCGGAGCCAAGAGGAGCCGGUUGGGGGCCGAGGCGCUGCCGCACAGGCCCAGAGGCUGUCCCCGCAGGAGCCCUGGGGGGGCGAGGACCAGCCACCGCGAAGCUCCUUCUUUGGCUCCGAGGGCCGGACGGUGACUUGCGUGGCUGUGGCAGACCCAGAGGCCCCCCCCAGCCCCAGCGCCCCGCACACCACCACGCACAGGGUCGUGGAGCUGCGGUCCCCAACCCGCUCCCGCUCCACGUCUAGCUCCCGCGGCAGGAAGAAAGCCCAGAGGCAACAGGCCAGCAGCAGGGAGCACAAGAGGGCCCGCUCGGGCUCGGGCUCGCGGUCGUCCCGCUCUGGGGACCGGAGUUCGAGAUCAGUGUCGCCGGCGGUGGGCGCUGAGGACCAGGCCAAGAGACACCGGCCCAAGGCCCGGAGCCGGAGGUCUUCCAGCGACCGCUCCAGCAGCCACGAGCGAGCCAAGCGGAAGAAGGCCAAGGCCAAGAGCAGGGAGCGGAGGAGGGGCUCCUGGGGCCGGGGCCGGCGGAGGUCCCGCUCCCGCUCCUGCAGCCCCGGCAGCUCCUCCCACGAGCACCGCGAGGGCAGGAGGAGGAAGAGGCGGAGGUCGGGGUCCAGGUCGAGGGGGCGGGAGGGCUCGCCCCCCAGCAGCCUGGAGAGGGGCCGGAGGCCCAGGCACCCCAGGGAGCGGAGGGAGCGGCUGGACAAGGAGGGCGGGGUGCGGCCCCGAGACAGGCGUGGCUCCCACGAGCGGCGGAAGCGCAGGUCCCGGUCGCCCAGCCUGGAGCACAGGCCCCGGGAGCACCGGCGGCCUCGUUCCCGGGAGAAGCGCCCCCGGCCCCGCGCUCGCUCCCCAGACAAGAAAUUGGCUCCGAAAGAGGCUUCUCCAGUGCCCCCGCCCCAGGGGGAGCCACGGCCAGACAGGGAGCACCCGGCCAGGCCCCCAGCCUCGGCAGGGCCAGAGGCCUCGCUGGAGGGGCCCGAGCCCGACCCGGCGCCCCCAAAGGCUCCCCCGGUCCAGGAGGUGCCAGCCGAGUGUGCCCCCGAGGACCUGGAUUAUGGCGACUCCGUCGAGGCGGGGCACCUCUUCGAGGACUUCUCCAGUGAAGCCGUCUUCAUGCAGCUCGAGGACAUGAGCUCCCCACCGUCCCCGGAGAGCACGGACUCCUCCCCGGAGCGGUGCCCCCUGCCCAGGCCGGCGCCCCCUGCCAGCCAGCAGCCCGACCCCAGCCUGGCCGUGGCCGUCAUCAGAAGGGAGGUGUCGCUGAUCCACGGUGAAGACGCUGUGCCGCCCCUGCCCCAGACAGAGGUUGCCCCAGAGAAGCACUCGCUCCAGCCAGACACGGCCGAAGCCAUCGCUGGGCCCGGAGCCCCGGGGGGCCAGCCCGCGGGUGGGGUGCUGGUGGGGAAGGAGGAAGGCCCCUCUCAGAGCCCCCUGCUGCGGGCCAGGGCGCUGGUGAAGAGAGUCACCUGGAACCUCCAGGAGGCGGAGGGUGGCGCCCCGGCUGAGGACAGAGGCCUGCGGACGCCACUUCACAGGCCUCAGAAGCCCCGGGAAGCGGUCCAGGAGACUGAGGCCGGGGGCCCCGCGGCCGCGUUCCAGCAGGCAGCCUUCUCUGAGCCGCCUCCCCCUGGUCAUGCGCUGCCGGAGCCUGGCUUUCCUGAUGCUGACCCCUCUCAGGUGUACAGCCCCAGCCUGCCUCCUGCCGCGGCUCUGCCUUCGAGCGUCCCGCCCUACGCGCCCGUCAGCCAGCCCGCAGUCCACUUCAUCCUGCAGGGGAGCCUCCCCCUGACGGGGGGCGGGGUGGCCCAGAGCCUGGCCCCAGUGCCCACCAUCCUGACCACAGCCUCAGAGCCAGCCGGCCACGCUGCUGCCGCCGCCACCGCCACCGCCACCAACAACUCCGAGGAGAGGACGGCUGCUCCCCGGCCAGCCUCCGAGAAGGCCAGGAACGAGGAGUACAUGAAAAAGCUGCACGUGCAGGAGCGGGCGGUGGAGGAGGUGAAGCUGGCCAUCAAGCCCUUCUACCAGAAGAGGGAGGUGACCAAGGACGAGUACAAGGACAUCCUGCGGAAGGCCGUGCAGAAGAUCUGCCACAGCAAGAGCGGGGAGAUCAACCCCGUGAAGGUGGGCAACCUGGUGCGGGCCUACGUGGACAAGUACAGGCACAUGCGCAGACACCGGCGGCCCGAGGCCGGCGAGGAGCCACCUGCCCAGGGCGCCGAGGGCUGAGCCCGCCUGGCGUUCCGCGUGCGGUGGCGGCAGCGGAGCUCUCCAGGGCACCCAGCACUCCUGUUUUCAGGGUUCCUGUGAUCGCACGUGGGCUGUGCUCCUGUCUUGCUCACAGUUGAAAACUGGACUUUUUUAUAUGUAUAUUAUAGAUACACACUGUUCCCAUUGUGUUCUAAUUUAUCAAAAAUGGAUUAUCUUUAGAGA